AUGUUACGGAAUGCGAACACGUCUUUCAUGCUUGGUACAACAAGUUGGCGCGAGCAGUUCGUUGACGCCCUGACUGUACAUGCUGGUGAUGAAGAAAGUACUGAUGCUGAGGAUGGCGAAGAGCGAGAUUCGAAGUUGGAAACCUCUGAAACAGAGCUGCCAAAACCAACAUGCUGCGAUUACUUUAUGCAUUUCCUCUCAGUGCCAUGGAAAUUAUUAUUUGCUGCAAUUCCUCCAACUGAUUAUUGGGGCGGUUGGGCCUGUUUUGUGGUUUCGAUUGUUUCGAUCGGGGUGCUCACUGCAGUCAUCGGUGAUUUAGCCUCUCAUUUUGGGUGCUGGAUUGGAUUAAAAGAUGCUGUUACGGCUAUAUCUUUUGUUGCGCUAGGUACCUCCGUGCCAGAUACGUUUGCAUCGAAGGUAGCAGCAAUACAAGACAAAUACGCGGAUUCCUCGAUUGGUAAUGUUACCGGCUCCAAUGGCGUUAAUGUGUUUCUAGGAAUAGGUCCGUCAUGA